AUGACACAAAGAAAAGGAAGGAGUUUUGAGCAAAACCAGCUGUUUUUGUUCUCUUCACAGUGCUUGAAAAAUCAGUGAAAAUCAGUAUGGAUCAAAAUUGAAUAGUGUCAUUUCAUCUUGAAACGGUGACAUUUUGUGAACUGAAUGUGGUUUCUUUGAAAUUCAAGCAGUGUGCAUAAAUAAUCGAUUUGAAUUUCUGUGAAACGUCACAUACGAUAAAUGGACUGCGUUUUUAGCCAUUUAUUACGUCUCAUUUGAGGUAGAUGCAAUGUGUGUAAAUUAGGCCAACAGGCGAAGUUCCACACUGCAUACCUUCUGCUGGCACUUCGCAAUAUAGUUUCGCAGUGAGUGUGCAGUGCACGUACUGUCGCUGUUAGUGCGUAGUUGACCGUGAAAGUGUGGAUAGUGAUGUGUUUGUGAUCGGUGGUGUUGCUGGGUGCAGUGGAUGCAGAGGCAGCGGUGUAGCGCUCGCCCUGGCAUGGUGCCGGGCAGGUAGCGCGCGCGGGCGGCCUGCGCAGGCCCCACACAAGCAGCUGCGUUGUUCCCCAGCGUCGUCUAUGGCCGAGCAACACAUCACACCGUCGUCGCACUCUGCACUCACGAGAGAGUCCAGCGGGUCUUCUCCUAGCAGGGUGGUGGGCGGCCGGUGGUUGCGUCAGGUGCGACAAGUUAGCCGCAGCCGUCGGAACCGUCACAACGUGACGUCGCCUCUGCCGCGCUCCACCAGCCGACAUUCGUCCAGCCGCAGCCGCGCUGACAACGAAGCACAGGCUCACGUCGAGCUGCGAAGAAGCUCGCGUCUAAUCAACUCACUGCCCAGAUCAGACUACUCCAUCACAGAGCGUUGGUCGUACGGAGCCGACGUCUACGAGACGCGCUGCGACACCUCCGACUACAAAAGUGGAGACACUGACAAGUCUACCGCCAAUCUAUACCCAAAACGUGGAAGAACUUCCUCGCAUGACAGGAAGAAACGCAAAAGCCAUUCCAUAUCAACCAAUAGCACUGACGAGUGCGUCGCAUAUUGCACACGCUCACGGACUGCUCUUAAAUCUACUGAGAGUGCUUGUGAGCAAACACCGACCAGUUUGAAGGUACAAACGUUAUCACAGAUAUCAGUAAACCAGGACGCCACAGCCACUUCGACGCAGCAGUCGCAACUGAAUUCGGAGGGUGGUUUACUUCCACUUGAAGACAGAGAUUUUGCGUAUUCGCCUUUUAGCUCGUCAACUGUUACAGAAUUAUUAGACUCCGAUUAUUCUGUUUAUAGUCCAACAGCUAGCAGGAGAAAAGGCAAAAAGAGGAAAAGGUCGUCACACCGAUCAUUGUCAAGUAGGAAGUGCUUGGAUAAUUUAGAGGACUGCAGAAAGAAAUUUAAAAUAGAUUCUCAUAGUAAAGAAUUAGAAGACCCAAGUAAAGACGCUCCUGUGGAUUCUAGAAUAAAACAAGAGACUGACAAAGUAGACCACGCGACUGCGUCACAAGCUUCGUGCGCAUACUUGCUGCGAAAUAGAUACAAUCGUGACCUUGGACCGUCUACCUCAACCGUUAUUCGUGAUAAUUCAGCAAGUCCGUCUACUAGCGACGCGGUACACAACCAAGCGGUAGCUGAGCGCAAGUUUAACGCAGACAGUCACGUUAGGACUGCCACGCCACCGCCUUUCAAAGAUAUACAAGAAGCAAGUUCAUCCAAAGCGCACAGUUCUGCCAGCAAGCUUUUAAUCGUUCCACGAGACCUUCCAUAUUUACGUCAGACUAACGCACGGAGGAGCAUCGCUGCUGCGACGGGCGCGACCCUGGGGGCUUGCUUGACGAGGGGAGCUAGCACUUCGCAGCGACAGAGGCAGGAUUCUGCUUCAAAAAGACAAGUAUCAGGCAGCGAGGGCGCAGGCAGCAGCGCGGCGGGCGGGCGGCGAGCGCGAGCUCGCGACAUGCCGCAGCCGCAGCCAGCGUCCACGCGACGAGACAAACGAGGCAAAAGCAGCCUGGGUUCGUGUGCCAGUACUGGUGGUGCGUCCAGCCGGUCCCACCCCCAGCCUUUAACCACGGGUGCCGUAGCAUCCACGUCUUCCACACCGCCGGCGUCGGCCUCAGCCGCAUCCAUGCCUGACAACGCGUCCGCUGAUGCGAAGCUCAAGGCUGCAUCUUCAGCAGAAGAAUGCGCCGGCGGCGGUGCGGGCAGCGUCGGCGCGAGCGGCGCCGGCGCCGGUGCGGGGUCGGGCUCCGGCGGGGGCAGCGCCGCGCCCGCCGAGGAGUCCUCCUCUGAGGAGGGCGAGGUGGGGAGGCUCCAAGCCCUCUUAGAGGCCCGCGGGCUCCCACCGCACCUGCUCGGCGCGUUAGGCCCGCGUAUGCAGCAUCUGCUGCACAGAACAGUCACCGCUAACUCAGCGGCAUCCAAGGCGGCCCAGCUGUUAGCCGGCCUUCAAGCCACCGGCGACGAGGGCCAGCAACUGCAGGCUGUGAUCGAGAUGUGCCAGCUGCUGGUGAUGGGCAACGAGGACACGCUGGCCGGCUUCCCUGUACGCCAGGUCGUGCCCGCGCUCGUCAACCUGCUUGCUGCUGAGCACAACUUCGAUAUGAUGAACCACGCCUGCCGCGCGCUCACUUACAUGCUAGAGGCAUUGCCUCGCAGUAGCGGCGCCGUGGCGCUGGCGGUUCCGGCCUUCCUGGACAAGCUGCAGGCCAUCACGUGCAUGGACGUGGCUGAACAGAGCCUCACGGCCCUGGACAUGUUGUCCCGCAGGCACUCCAAGGCUAUUCUGCAAGCGCGCGGUGUGUCAGCCUGUCUGACCUACCUGGACUUCUUCUCGAUCAACGCACAGCGCGCUGCGCUGUCCAUCACAGCGAACUGCUGCCAGAAUCUCACUCCAGACGAGUUCCAUCUGGUUAGGGACUCGCUGCAACUGCUAGCCAACAGAUUAACCCAACAAGAUAAGAAAUCAGUGGAAUGCGUCUGCCUCGCAUUCUCGCGACUCGUAGACAGCUUCCAACAUGACCCGGCUCGCCUACAAGAGAUCGCGACCCCAGAGCUGCUCACUAAUCUUCAGCAACUGCUGGUCGUGCAGCCGCCACUGAUAUCGGGCGCUACCUUCAUCACUGUGCUGCGGCUGCUUUGGGUGAUGUGUGCCGCGUGCCCGCAGCUGGCGCUCGCGCUGCACCAGCGCUCCAUCGCCGACACGCUGCUGUGCCUGCUCACCGGCACCGGCUCCUCCAUGCACCAGGAGCAAGUGGAGCUGCUGCCGCGCCUGCCUCAGGAGCUGUACGAGAUCACGUGCCUGAUCGGCGAGCUGAUGCCGCGGCUGCCGACGGACGGCAUCUUCGCCGUGGACGCGCACCUCGACCGGCCUUGGGCCGCGCCCGCCGACCGCUCGGCGCACUGGCAGUGGCGGGACGAUAGAGGCGUGUGGCGUUCUUACUCGUGGGCAGAGAGCCGCGCGUUGGAGGCGGGCGCGGCGGCGGGCGAGGAGGAGGUGUGCCUCACCACGCUCGGCCGCUCCUACACCGUCGACCUCACCGCCAUGCAGCAGCUCAACGACCACACCGGCACCGCGCGGCCCGUGCAGCGCGCGCCGCCGCCCGCCCGCGCCGACCAGCCGGCGCCGCACGCGCCCGCUCACGAUCCUCGCAUCGCCAUGGUCCGCAGCAACCCGCUCCUCGCCCGGGCCCUCCUAGCCGUUCUCCACGAGGUGUACUGGAGUUCCGCUGGGCCCGCGGUGCGCUCUCAAGCGCUGAAAGCGAUCCUGCGCUGCGUGUACUACGCCGACGCGCCGCUGCUGCGGCAAGUGCUCAAGAUGCAGGUGAUAUCGUCGCACAUCGCGGGCAUGAUGGCGUCCAGCGACCUGCGCAUAGUGGUGGGGUCUCUGCAACUGGCUGAGAUACUGAUGCAGCGUCUGCCGGAAGAAAUGGCGGUGCAAUUCCGCCGCGAGGGCGUGCUGCACCAAGUAGCCCAGCUCGCUGCACACUCGCACACGCCGAGGCAGACUGAGCACAAGUCCACAAGCAACACGAGCGUCCGAUCCAGCGGCGGUUCCUCCCCGCCGGCCUCGACCUCCGCUACGUCCCUCGAUCACAACUUGUCUCUGGCAUUCUCCGCUUCGAGUUCAUUCGUCGCGGCUACUUUGCCACCCAGCAUCGACUCUCCAGAACCUGGACCGGCUUCGGCCUCUUCACAUCAACAAGCCUCGACCACAGUGCACAGGUCCGGCAGUCCCCUGCAACUAGCCGAGAUGUUGAAACGCAAGCGCGCCGUGAAGCGAUCCGGCGGCGCCGGCGCACGCCACGCCCGCCGCCGUGAUGACGCAGCGCACGCUGCGCACCCGGCCCACGCGGCCCAUGCUGCGCCCGCGCCGCACGCUCACCAGCCCGCUACGCACGCUUCCAACGUCCCUGGCGCGGCCCGCUCCGGCAGCCGGGCGGGCACGGCAUCCAAGACGUCUUCUUUCUUGUCGUCGCUGAACCCGUCGCGCUGGGGCCGCGCGCCGCAUGCUCAUAAGGACUCGCUGCUGGCCUCGCCGCACUCCUCCGCUACGCUCAGCGUGCAGAACAAGGAGAAGGUCCGCGAAUGGAUCCAGUGGACGGCGGCGCGUCUGCAGCGCGAGUGGGGCGCGCUGGGCGGCGGCGCGGGCGCGCUGGAGCAGCUGGCCGCGCUGGCCGCCGCGCUGCCGCACCCGCCGCACCACCGCGCCGCGCUCGAGCAGCUGCGCGACACGCUCACCUUGCACGACGUGUCGCCCUUCGAGGUGAACCACUCAGGCGUGCUAGGCGCCCUGCUGCAGUUCCUGACGGGCGGCGAGGAGCCCGAGACGGGGGCGGAGCGCGAGGAGCCCGACGCGCGCGACCCCGACGACCUGGUGGCGGCCGUCGAGGCGCGCCUGCGUUUGUUCCUGCACGUCUUCGCUGACAUGCCGCUCGUGCCGGACACCGAAUGGGAGGAGAACGAAGGCUUCCUAGCCAACGUAGGCGGCGGCGCGAUGGGCGCGCUCGUGGCCAAAGUCAACGCGUGCGUGUCGCACCUGGAGCAGUUCCCCGUGCGCGUGCACGACCUGCCCGCGCGCCCCGCCACCUCCGCGCUCAAGUUCUUCAACACGCACCAGCUCAUGUGUGAUCUCAAACGUCAUCCAACUUGCACCAACCUGAAACAAUGGAAGGGCGGUGUAGUUCGGAUAGACCCCUUAGCUUUAGUCCAAGCCAUUGAAAGAUAUCUAGCACAACGCGGCUACGCGAGCACGCGGCAGCGUGACGGGUCGGCAUCGGGCGCACACUCGGACGACGACGCCGCCUCCGACGACGACGUCGACGACUCGCUAGCCACGCCGCCGCACCACCACCCUACAGACUCUGAACACAAACUGGAGUUCCUAAUCGGCGACACGGUGCUGCCAUACAAUAUGACGGUGUACCAGGCCGUGCGGCAGUUCGGCGAACAGAAUGACGCCGAUACUGACACUGAGACGCCGCUGGCAAACGCGGGCAUCUGGAUCCAGACGCACACGAUCUACUACCGCGCGGUGGAGGCGGGCGAGCCGCCGCGCUCCGACGCCGCCGCCAGCCGCAAGGGCAAAGGACAGCCCACUAAGCUGUCCUCGCGCCGGAAACCUGACAUGCUGUGGAAUGAGGGCGUGGUCCCUUCACGCGACUCGCCGCUCGUGGUGAUCCUGCGCUCGCCAGUAGUCAGCGCCGGCGGCGGCGAGCUUCGCGAUGCUUCUCUCCCAGCAUUGGGCGUGCUGCGCGCACUGCACGCGCUGUCGCGGCACUGGCACACGCUGUACCGCGCCGUGUGCCUGCCGGACCCGAGGCCUCUUGUGCCCAACGCGGAGUUCAUCAAUGCCAAGCUCGCUGCCAAAGCUAACCGUCAACUCCAAGAUCCACUUGUGAUCAUGACUGGAAAUCUUCCUCCAUGGCUGAAGAAAAUCGCAUAUGCUUGCCCGUUCGUGUUUCCAUUCGAGUGCCGUCACCUGCUGUUCUACGUGGUAUCGUUCGACCGCGAUCGCGCGCUCCAACGACUGUUGGAAGCCGGCGGCGAGCGCGGCGCGGCGGGCGGCGCGGACGCCGAGCGAGUAGCUCCGCGACUUGACCGUCGCAAGCGCACUGUACAGCGACACAACGUGCUGCGACAGGCUGAACACGUUAUGCACGAGUUCGCGCACUCCAAGGCUCUACUGGAGAUCCAAUACGAGAACGAGGUCGGCACCGGCCUCGGCCCGACCCUCGAAUUCUACGCGUUGGUGUCGCAAGAGAUGCAGCGCGCCGACUUAGACGUGUGGCAUGGCAGCGAGAACUUCAAGCAGAAGGCCACGUCGUUCGGCGGCGAGAUCGUCAAGAGCCAGCCGCCGGUGGUCAGCGACCGUGCCGCCGACGCCGCCGCGCGCCUCGCCUCUUCCGUGCGGGAUGCGCUCAGUCUGGACGAGGAGCGCGCGCCCGAGCCCUCCGACCUGGAAAAAGAGACAUCGAUCCCGUCGCCCGCCCCUGACGCGACGUACGUGUCGUGGCCGUGCGGGCUGUUCCCGCAGGCGGUGGGACGCAACGUGCGCGCCUCGCACCUGUCGCGCGUCAAGGCCAAGUUCCGCUUCCUCGGCAAGUUCAUGGCCAAGGCUGUCAUGGACUCACGGAUGGUGGACAUCCCUCUGUCGGUGUCGAUGUACCGCUGGGUGGUGAACGAGCAGCGCUGGCUGUCGCUGAGCGACGUGCGGCACGUGGCGCCCGAGCUGUGGCGCUCGCUGUGCCGCCUGCGCCGCGUGGCCGAGCGCGCGCGCGCCAUCGCCGCCGACGCGCGCCACUCGCCCGACCAGCGCACGCAGAUGAUAAGCGCCCUGGAGCUGGACGGCUGCCCGAUCGAGGAGCUGGGGCUGGACUUCAUCCUGCCGGGCGACGGCUGCACCGAGCUGCGGCGCGGCGGCCGCGAGCUGCCCGUCACGGCGCACAACCUGCACAACUACAUCGACCUCGUCACGCACUGGAUGCUCUACGAAGGUGUGAGCAAGCAAAUGGAAGCGUUCAAAGAAGGAUUCGAAUCAGUAUUCCCACUGGCUAACCUGAAAAUAUUCUACCCUGAAGAAUUGGAACAAGUAUUCUGCGGCAGCCCGUCUGGCGGGCGCGAGACUCGCUGGGAGCCGCGUAUGCUGGCGGAGUGCAUCCGGCCCGACCACGGCUACACGGCGGAGUCGCGCGCCGUGCGCAUGCUCAUCGACAUCCUCGCGUCCUACUCGCGCGACGAGCAGCGCCUCUUCCUGCAGUUCGUCACCGGCAGCCCGCGCUUGCCCACUGGAGGCUUCAAGGCGCUGAACCCGCCGCUGACGGUGGUGCGCAAGUCGCUGGAGUCGUCGCUGGACCCGGACGAGUACCUGCCGUCCGUCAUGACGUGCGUCAACUACCUGAAGCUGCCCGACUACAGCAGCGCCGACGUCAUGCGCGCCAAGCUGCGCCUGGCCGCCUCCGAGGGCCAGCACUCCUUCCACCUGUCGUGAGCGCCCGGCCCGGCCCGCUGUCUAUGUGCAAUCAGAGUGUUUAUUUCCCUAAUGUGACGGACACUGAAAGUGCUGUGCGUUCUAUAAUUUUGUUUUUCUUUUGGAUUCUUUUUAGAUUACAGAUAUGUUAAUAAUUAUAUUUUGUGUUAAUUUAAUGUGAUAGCUUUUGUAUAUUACUUUAUCGAUGUAGAGGGAACGCCGUUCUCGUUGGAUUAAAUAGUAUAUGUGAUCGAGCGACGCGCCCGCCUCGUCCGACGCCCGCGACGCGGCGCCCCGUCGCCGAAGUACCGCUACCACUGUUUAUAGUUUUAGGUAACAUAUAUUAUACGAUUACGCAAGCUGUUUGAUGGACCACAGAAAAUCUUCUAGAGUCCUAUGAACUUCAAUAGCAUUUAUUACCAAACGGUGUAUGUUUUGAUUAACUUUAAGUAUGAUUAAUGAGUAAAGAAAAAGUGCAAAAUUUAAUAUGUAACAAUUUCAAUAAAACCAUGUAAACAAUAUUGAUCAA